UCGUGAACAGCUGGUCGACAGCGAUGAAGUAGUUUCAGAGCAAUUUAGCGCGUUUAAUUGCGCACUCGAUGACGUUGCAAAAUUCUGUCGCGCAUCGAGAACGGCCGAGAGAUUUGCAAGAUUAUAUCGAUGAUUAAUUUGUACGCACUGAUAGAAAAUUAAUCGAGUGCGACUGAAGCUCGGACUAUGCCACGAAUGUUUUGUUUCUUUGGCACCUAACCUACUUCACGGACGCGUGAGCGAUAACGCUGGCGUGUGUGAAUACAUCUGGCACGCGCUCGGCGCUUAUCGCCGCUUAUAUGAUGAGUUCAUCAGGCGGGCACUUCCUUGUUUCUUUGUCAGUAUCGUGACAGCCGUGUGGCUCGUAUCGUGAUACAUGUGAUAUUUCAGAACAGUGUAGACUACAAGGACGCGAGGAAGGCCACGAGGAAGCUCGGUCGAACUUCGGGCAGUCCUCUUAUCCCCCUUUCUUGACGCGACCGCGAAGAUGCGCCAGAAGCGACGAAGCCGCUGCAGAAGACGUAUUUUCGUUGUAACGUACAGUGUUAGUAGCGUGCAAGAUGAACUCUUUGCUGAAAACGGUCAACUCUAUAGCAGGCAACAAGCGGCACUUACUAAUCAGGGAUUCCCUGCAGAAACAUCUCAAUACAAGUGUCAUGGAGAUGCAGAGCGCGCCGGGGGUCGCCGAAGAUUGCGUCGUGGGCAAUUGCGACGAGACUAUGUCUUUGUGCUCCGUGCUGGAGGCAAUCUUCCUCCAUGGUUUGAAGGACAGUCUGUUGAAUCGUGUGACGGAAGCCCUCAGCGGUCCCGACUUCGACGCUAUGCCGCAACCAAGUUUCUGGGGUCCGCUGCUUGUGUUUUCUCAUCGUCAGAUGAUAGAUCAAAUACAAACUCUGAGUCAAGUCAGUACAGAAGUCGGAUACUGUCGAGCUUGGAUACGACUGGCGUUGAACGAGGGUCUGCUAGCUAGCUACUUCUGCUCUAUAAGGCGGGAUAACUCGGCCCUGAAACCAUACUACAAUCGUUCAGCCUACAUCCGGGACGCAGAUCUCGUUGAAGUUGCACAGAGAUUAGUAGAAAAUUUAGAUUACGUGCGUUUCGAGCUGGCUUGCAACAGUAGUCUCUUGAACUUCUGGUCCACCACUCCUCUGCUUUUGGCCGGCAUCUGGUCACCGCCGAUGAAGUCUUGUCCCGUGUUUAGUGCGGUAGACAUAGCAAAGACGAUAACCAGCGAUUUAACUUAUAGUGACAAUUUUGAUGAAGAGAUAGAAACUGCAAGUUCUAUUGGUAGUUCUAUUGGGAUAGGAUCAUUCACUUCCUCGCAGUCUAUGUUUAACAAUGUCUCUAUCACAGAGGAUGAGGCGUUGAAAAUCAUUCUGGCUAAAGAAAGAUCCGAUAAUGCUAUCCAGCAAUUGCACAACGAUUCCGUAGAAGCCAGACCAAGUGCCAGUACGCAGGAAAACAAUAUUACUCAGCAGUUACACAAUAAUCCUGUAGAUAUCGUAAAAAAGAAUAAGGGGGAAGACAAAGAAAAGGUCAGGAAGGUACAACAAAUGUCAAAUGGCAAUGUAGAAAAGAAAGAUACAGAUAAUACUACUCACAUGGAAGAUCCAUUACAAAAUACUGUGAGAGACAGCGAAGCUGUUAAUGACACUACUGCGGCAGUGGGGAAUUCAUUGAUAGGAAAAUUAGGAUGGUCAACGUCGUUUGAGGAUUGCCAGUCUUCUCUAACUUCAUCUGUGAUAUCUCAUGGAUCUGGAGCGGAUGCUCGUACACCCGGAGAUGGUGCUACGUACGACGCACUGAUUCUAAGUUACCAAACUGCUGGAAAUAGCUCAGUGCCGGAUCUGCAAGAAUUUCUAAAGAAAUAUCCAACGAGAGAGACUGUUGAGGAAGGAUCUAAGGCUCAAUCUGAGCCAAAGGUUACGACAAAUUUCGACGAGCAAUUAGGUAAUAUCCCAAGGGAAAAGGGCUUGGACGUGCAAAAUUACAGCUGCUUCGAUUGCGGUCACGCAAUCGGCAUGACUUUUUCCCAAGCACAUGUGUGCUCGUUCUCGGGCGAUUAUUAUUGUUCAAAAUGUAUGGAGGAAGGGCAGUAUCUCAUACCGUCACGUAUGAUUCACAAUUGGGACUUGAAACAAUAUUCAAUUUCGCGAAAAGCUGCUUCUUAUCUGAGAGAAAAGCCGCUCUUGCUGGAUUUGAAAAUUCUGAAUCCGAGGAUCUACAUGGCAGUAGAUACUAUGGCUCAGUUGCAGUCAUUACGGAUUCAGCUGAAUCUGCUGAGAGCGUACUUGUUCACGUGCCGCGAGCCGAUCAUCGAAUCACUGCAGAAAAAGGUCACACCAAGGGAUUAUUUGUAUGAACACGUUCAUCAAUAUUCGGUUUCCGAUCUUCACGAUAUACCCAACGGGAUUCUCGCGCAGCAGCUCCAGAAAGUUGUUGAAUUCGCGAGAAAUCACGUGAUCAAUUGUUGGCUCUGCAGUCAAAAAGGUUUCAUAUGCGAAGUGUGCAAUAAUCCAAAGGUUAUUUAUCCUUUUGAUAUGGAAUCUACAUUUCGGUGUGGGGCGUGUAACGCCGUAUUUCACGCGGAUUGUUUAAAUGCCAGCAAACCGUGCCCAAAGUGUGAACGUAGACGUAAACGGACGGAUAUGCCUCUUCUAAAUAUGGGAUGUACAGAUCUACCAAACAAUAGUGUCUCGUCGUCGCCCAUUGAUACGAAUUAAUGCACAUCAUUGGUUUAUUAAUACUGACAAAUGUUUUAUCGUUUUUUCACGUUUAAGAAGUAUUGCUUCUGUAAUUUGCAUUCCGGGAAAUUAACUUCGAUACCUGCGAUGAUACGUAAUCAUUGUUCUUAAAUUUACGAGUCUCAACGAGCUUAAUUUUUAUAUAAAUAUUAACUAUCGUGCUGCGUUGUGUAAAAAUGUAUGGAAAUGUAACGUCUCUCUAUAUUUUCUGUCAGUCCUCCGAUAUUAUAAAUUGAUAUUCUGAUUAAAAAAAAGAUACUUGUACAUUAUGAGACUGGCAGCCUUCCAUACAUCGGCGAAUCACGCAUUAAUUCUUAUAUAAUAUAGACGUUUAUUAUAUAAUGUUAUGUACAAAAGUAGUAAAAUAUAUGAA